AUGACAUCUCUGCAUUUAUCGUGUCAAGAUUUCGGAUUAUAUGCUCCCCUAACUCAUUUCCUCAACAAGAUUGGUUCAACUGCCGCAGAUUUGACCGAUUUGGAUUUGGUCUUGGUGGGCGCCCCGAAGCAAGAUGGUACGAAAGUUGAGUUCCACGAGCAGAAGUUGCCUAGAAAGACCGACUUCAUAACACUUAGGAGAAUCGAUCAAAAGAAUAAGCAGGCACAAAUGAUGCAGAAAUAUCAUGUGACAAAACGAGAGCAUUAUGCCGUAUAUAAUCGACUUGCUAAUGAUGUACGAACGAUUGCCAACAAAUUGAAAGAUCUUCCACAAGGAGAAUCAUUUCGACAAGAAAAAACAGAAAAGAACUUCUGGGAAAGCUUUACACCCUCAGGAUCAUCA